AUGCUGUCCAGAUUUGCGCAAUCACAGCGUUUUCUUUUACCUGUUGUUGCGACAAGAACAGCAGCAACAAUCCCCAGAAUAUUCCAUACACAAGGCGCGGAUGCCUCUGCCAACAAGGCAUACAAAGAUGACCCCAACACAACAACAACCAACCCAAAGCAAGCAGGCGGAAACGAGUUUUUUGAAAACCUGAUCUAUGGAAACAAAAUCCUCAGAGCAAUUGAUGGUGAAACGCAUUCGAAAAAGUUGGCCAGAGGAAAGUAUGUGCAUGAGCUUCAGAUUCACAAAGUGAAGCCGGGGAAAAUUGGCGAGUACAAGGCAUUAAUAUCCAAUCAUCUCCCAAAGGUUGCAAAUGAUCCCUCGAACGAUGUUCAUUUAUGCGGUAGUUGGUCUGUUGAGAUUGGACAGCAGGACACAUUUGUUCACAUUUGGGAAUACAAAGGCUAUCCUGGGCAUAAACACACCUCAGAGAGAUUGGAGAGCAAUCCUGAGCAUAUCGCCUUCAUGGAGAAACUGGGCCCACUGUUAGUGUCUCGUGAAAAUGGCAUUAUGCUUGAAUUCGAUUUUUGGCAAACAUCGCCUCCAAAAGUAACCAACGGCAUUUUCGAGCUUCGCAAGUAUGUAUUGAAGCCAGGUAGGUUGCUGGAAUGGGAAAUGUAUUGGCGCAAGGGUCUCGAGUGCAGAAGACAGUUCUGUGAGCCUGUGGGCGCUUGGUUCACUCAACUGGGCGAACUGAAUACCGUAUAUCACAUGUGGACAUACCCUGAUUUGCAAACGCGAAAGACGACAAGAGAAGAUGCGUGGAAUACAGAGGGUUGGGCUGAAACUGUGUACAAGACAGUUCGCUUGGUGGACAACAUGCAAUCAUUCAUCAUGAAGCCUCUGCCCUAUAGUCCUUUGCGAUAA